UGGAAGUGGAUACAUGAAGCGUUUCCGACCCUAUAAAGGAUAUAUAUAAUUGGAAUAGCACCAAAAGCCGAGUCGAUAGAGCCAUGUGUCAGAGACUGUAAGAGCUAGAGAAACCUCCUGUGAUAUCACACUUAUGCAAGUGCAUUUCAAAAUUUCGCCCAUAAAGUACGGAAAAACCAAAAGCGCGGAAUUAUAAAAAAUGACAAUAGCUUCCAGAUUGUCGACUCUUGAUUAUAUCGGAUCAUAUUUAUACCCAGAAGAGACCAAUAAAAUUGCAGUGUCUUACUUAUUCUCUCUCUCUCUCACACUCUCAUAAUGCAGUGUGCCUCUUCUGGCGCAUUAUCGAAUAAUGCGAUUUAGGAGUUUGUAGCCAAACUGUAUUACUUCUGGACUGGGACUGGGGAUCCACCGACAUCGCCCAGAUCUUCCUGGCCUCGCUUCAUAGGAUUGGCUUCAUGCAUAAGUAGAGCCUCAUUGGAUUAACAGCUAUCAAUCCGUGAUGUUUUAAAAGCUUUUGUACCAGAUUUCUAUAAAUGAUUUUGUUUGAUCAGCGACUGCACUUCUCUUCUCCAUCAUCUCCGGUUUCUACUUUCUGACAGCGGCACUCCAUGCACUCCUGGAACAGAAAGGGUCUGGAACAGCAACCGAUCGCAAGCUUGCUAUGGGGGUUGGUAUUUUAAUUAAUUAGAGGUCCUACGCGAAGAGCAGGUGUCCUAUCAGAAAGAUCUCAAUGACGGUACCAACUCCCAUAAUUGACCGUCCAGAUUGUCAUCUUCGGGUUCGGUUUGUAAUGCGCUGAAGCCUCCGCUUCCCAGAGGGAAUAAAUACCAUAUCAAAUUAAGAGUGGUUCAGCUACUCCAAUAGAUUAAAAAAAACCCCGUAUUCACUCGUAUGCCACCCACCCAACACAUUUGACUUUGAUUUUAUUGGUGUUUAUCUCACGAUUAGCCUUUACCUUUAUUGCCUUUGUUGCGAAUGCAAAUAGUCGCCAACUUCAAAGUUGCGCAAGAGUGCCUGACCAGCAAUCCCAAUCCCAAACCCAGUCCGAUCAUCGUUUAAGUCCAACUGGAGACCAGUUGGGGCAGUGGCAGCGGCAGUGCAACGUCUCAGUUGAGUUUUCAAGUUCAAAUGAGUCGCCAAGAGACUUUGUCUGACUUCGACCUUCCGACAAUUACUGGAAAAAUGUGGCACUGUCCAAUUACGGGUGGCGCGGGUUUUUGGCGAUUGAAAUUCGGAUUUGAGAUCUCGGAUCCGAGUCCGAAUCGGAGGAGCGUGCCACACAAGUGUGAAGCGACGACAGCAAUUUGUUGAAUGCAUCAUCCAUCAUCGAUCAUCGAUCGAUCGCCAAUGAAUACGUUCCGAUGCGUUGCGAUGCGAUGCGAUGCGAUGCCUUUAAUUGUAGAACUGGGGCAAGCAUCUGAGACUCAUCCCUAAACAGGGUGUUUACCUGUAGUUGCGCCGUAGUUGACUUUGACACUGAUCGCGAUCGCUCCCCCAUGUCCAUUUCCAUUUCCAACGAAUGGUAUGGAAUCGGUAUAAAUAUGCGCGGCACGACGCACUGAUUGUUCAGACAGUGAGACGCGUUCAGCUUUGGAGGUGGUCUGCGAUCGGUAAUCGAUUCGCAAUUGGGUUUAUAUUCGGGGCCAGGAUCACUCACAGGAACACUCUUUACCAUGAUGUGUCGGGCACUGCUGAUGCUCCUACUGCUGGCGGGCUGGAGCUAUGUGGAGGCAGCCACCCACGUGAAUAUCUCCAUUGCCCAACAGCCGGCCACGAAUCCAGCUGAUGUUAGCUAUGUGGAUGGACGAGCCCCAGCGGAGCUGAGAGCGGGUCCCGCGAUGAUGAAUGAGGAGGAGCGCUUUGAGAGGAUUCAAGAGAGAUCCCAGCCGCAACCGCAGCCGCAGCAACAACAGAUGGGCCAACAGCAGCAGCAGAUGGGUCAACAGCAGCAGCAGCAACAGGUGGGACAGCAGCAGCAGCAACAGCAAUCCGCUCAGUUGACUCCUCGCCAGGGACUGGGACUGCAGGCCUCAUCGGUAGCCACUAAGAACGCACGCAUGCCCCGUCGUCGCAAUCACAGUCGUCGCUUUCACCAGCAACUGCAGCCUCAACUGCAGGCACCACACAAUGGGCAAUUCCGUCAGCGGAAUCAGCAGCUGCGCCAGAACCAGGAGUUCGAGCGUUACAUCCAAUCCUACCAUAGCCACGGACCCACCGUGGAGACUGUCUAUGAAUCAUCGAAUCCUGCGCCACAGCGCUACACGCAGACCAGCUCUGGAGUGACUUCAUCCGCGAGUGACGACAGUGCGCCACAGAAGGUGGUGGCCAUUGGGGGAUCCCGAUCGCAGCAGCUGCGCAUGUUCGAACGUCAAGUGGCAGCACCAGUAUCGUCCUCGCAGGGACAAAGCGCCAAUGUGGAGGUGGCUGCUGAGAGUAAACCCAUCUAUGAAGCUCCCCAGGCUCCAGUGGCAGCCGCAGUGCACUCCUCCACGUCUGGUGUUAGCAGCAGCAGCUCCGCCUCCUCCGGCUCCGUCAGUGUUCCGGUCCCUACUGGGGCUUCGCAUUCAGCAGAUACCGUCUCCAGCUACGAUGCCACCUCCAGCUACAAUCCUGCCACCAGCUACAACAGACCCAGCUACGAUCAAAAUGUGUACAACUACGACGAUGGCCAGGAUGUGGAUUACCAUGGCCAAUACCCGCCAGAGGUGGAGGAUGGUCAGGGAUACGAUUCCCAGGGCUACGAUGACUACAGCGAUCAGUCGUCCUCCUAUCCAGGCGGAUCGGGCUAUCUGCCGCCCGCUCCUCCACGUAGCUACGCUCCGCCCCAGCGACCGAUGGUCACCAAAACGAUUCAGAUUGUGCAGCCGGCGCUCAAGGCGAAGAAGUACGAGGUCCGGCAUCCGGCCAUCCAGAAGGAGUUCUAUGACAUCGAGGAGCGUGUGCUGAUCAAGCCGGCGGGCACGCUUGUCGUGGAACUGGAUCACCCGGUGGCCAAGAUUCCCAAGGGGGAAACUCUGCUGCCACUGGGACACCCGCAUCCCGCGGUGGCUGCCGCCUACAGCAACAACGGACAGAACUACAACACCCAGAGCUACAACAGCAACAGCAAUAGCAACAGCAACAGCAAUGGCAAUGGAAAUGGCAACGAGUACCGACCCUCAUACGACUCCUACGACUCCCCGGCCACGUCCAAGGAUCAGCAAACGACCACCGUUGGCUCCAGUGUGACCACCAUGCCAUCGUACGAUCAGGCGCCGAAGGAUGAGUACGUGGAGGCACGACUCCAGCAGCAGAAGCCACAGCAGGUCGCUGGCGAUGUUGUCGAUAGUCGCCAGACCACAUCCACCUCGGUCUCCGCCGUCGAUGGCAAUGGAAAUCCGAUCAAGAUCAACACGAAACACCUAACACCCAAUAUGAUUACCCGUGCAGAGCCGGAGCAGGAGUAUUCCAGGAGUAUUCCGCCCAACGAAGUGAACAACUAUGAGCGUCCCCUGCAGCGUAGCUACCAGCAGAGAACCAGCUACAACCGACAGCCCUACAACAAUAAUGAUGACUACUUCGCAGGGGAGUUCCUGCCCAACGUCAAUGCCGCCAAUGUGGACGCGAAGCCAGCGAGAUUGGAGCAGGCACCGGUCGAACAGGAGCAGCCACGCACCCAGAUAAUCAAGCACGAGCACAAGAUCCACCUGCCGCCAUCGCAGCACAACAUUUACCUGGGUCGCAGCAGCCAGACACCGCCCAAGGAGCAGAGGAUCACCGAAGUACCCGCUCAUGUGGCCGAAAUCAAACCCUAUCUGCGUAACCAUGUGGGCGGUACGGUGGUCUAUGCCAAGACUGCUGUAAAGCCUGCCGUUCAGCGGGGCUACUAUGCCCAGUCGGCGCGUCAACGCAAUCCCCUGGCCGAGGAUCUGGAGUACAGUGCCCCCUACUCCCAAAUGAGAUUCAGUCCCGAGAAUCAGUCAGCCAGGCUGGUAGAGGCACCACCCAAGGAGGUGGAGGUGCCCAAGGAAAAGGCGUCCCAGGAUACACACAUUCAAAUCCAAAUCGGCGAUCGCAGUGAGGGAAAACUGCCCAUGGUGGUGGCCUCCACCGUUACACCGGACUGCGACAGGGGCCAGCAGCAACAGCAGCAGCCAUCGGCACGUCUCCAGCAACGACAGCAGCAGUCGCAACGUCUUGUGGAAGUUCCAGCAGCUGGCGAUGUGUCUGCCACAAAGGCCACUCCCACGCCCGUCCAGGCCCAACCUCAGGAUGUGGAUGUCUCCCUCAAUGGCGGCGCCGGACAUCUGAAGCCGAACGAACGCGUGAUCGCCGCCACGGCCGCGCCGACCGAUGCGGCAGCCACCAGCGAAACCUUCCAUAAGCGUCGCAUUGUGGUCAACCAUCCGUUCCAGACGGUUCGCGAAGUAGUGGAGCACGAACCGAUAACCAACUACCAUCAGAUCCAGGUCAACGAGCAUGCCCAUCCAGCGCUAUACCAUCAGGCGGCCUACUACCAGCCACCGGUACAAACGCAUGGCAACUUGGUGCACUUUCAGUCGACAUCAACGCAUGGCAACCUCUACGCUCCGUACGGCUAGGGCAAUCCUGAAUCCUUAACGUGGAAACGAGCCGAAACGAAACGAACUGCGCCUUUGUAUCUUUGUUAAUGUAUUUUUUUUCAUUGUUUUUUUUUAGAAUCUAGUUUAGAAAUGUACUCAAAAUCGGUGGGAGGGCCCUUUCCCUGUUUGAUCUUGAUCUUGUUUGGAUUAAUUUGGUUUAAAACUGUAGGAUUAAGUGCAGAAUUACUUGCCAUUAAUAAAGCACAUAUGAAAUGCGUCGAGUAAAAUAUAA